GAACGCCAUCAGAACAGCGCCAAGAACCGAGCAAAUAACGACCGAAUUUCGGCGGACGUGGAAGCAAACUUUUGUUUAGCUAUGCUAAUUAGUAGUUAUUAGUUUAUUGAACCCAGAUCAGAUGGCUGUUUAGAUUGAUUGCAACCAAGCAGGUUUUUGAGGGGAAACCACGUUGCAGAUAAAGCGACCAGACAGACCAGCAAACAGCAGAACUCCAGAAACACCUGAGCCAACAAUCUAAUAUCAGCCGAACCUCCACGAGCACCACACUAUUUUAAUGGUGGAUAUAGAGACCCGCGGAACGGACACGUAACCACGGAUCUCCGGCAAGAUGCGGCGCCCCAAUCUCAAGUGGAUAGUGAAGGCCUCGCUGCUGCUCCUGGUCUCCCUGACGCUGCUCAUCCUCAUCACCAGCUGGAUCUCGGCCAGUCCGUUCACCAACAAGCCCGUGCACCACGGCCUGGAGCCCCAGCCCGAGCAGGCGGGCCUUUCCGGCAACGUCCAGCCCAGGAAUCAUGCUCCGCAGCCAGAUAAGCCAGCUAAGCCAGUCAAGCGGCCAAAGCCAGAGGAGCCCGACUCCCAGGAGGAUCCCGAGGAGCUGAAGAAGAUCGACGAGCCAGAGCCGGAGGACGACGAGGAGGCCCACGAUCAGGAGCCUGUCCAGCAGCCGCAGGAGGAGCUGCAGGUGGCUGCGCCCGCAGAUGGCUCGGUGAAGAAGGACUGGCACGACUACACUGCCAUGGCCAGGGACGCUCAGCGGGUGGGUCUCGGGGAGAAGGGCAAGGCCGCCUCGCUGGACGACGAGUCGCAGCGGGACCUGGAGAAGCAGAUGUCCAUGGACAACGGGUUCAACGCGCUGCUCUCCGACUCCAUAUCGGUCAACCGAUCGCUGCCCGACAUUCGCCAUCCCCUCUGCCGCAAGAAGGAGUAUGUGGCCAAGCUGCCGACGGUCAGCGUGAUCAUCAUCUUCUACAACGAGUAUCUGAGUGUGCUGAUGCGCUCGGUGCACAGCCUGAUCAACCGCUCGCCGCCGGAGCUGCUCAAGGAGAUCAUCCUGGUGGACGACCACAGUGACCGGGAGUAUUUGGGCCACGACCUGGAGGCCUACAUCGCGGACCACUUCAAGUGGGUGCGCGUGGUGCGGCUGCCGCGGCGCACGGGACUGAUUGGCGCCAGGGCGGCGGGAGCCAGGAACGCCACCGCCGAGGUGCUCAUCUUCCUGGACUCGCACGUGGAGGCGAACUACAACUGGCUGCCGCCGCUGCUGGAACCAAUCGCCCUGAACAAGCGGACGGCGGUGUGUCCCUUCAUCGACGUGAUCGACCACUCCAACUUCAACUAUCGCGCGCAGGACGAGGGCGCCCGCGGAGCCUUCGACUGGGAGUUCUACUACAAGCGGCUGCCCCUCCUGGAGGAGGACCUCAAGCACCCGGCGGACCCCUUCAAGAGCCCCGUGAUGGCCGGCGGCCUGUUCGCCAUCUCCGCGGAGUUCUUCUGGGAGCUCGGCGGCUACGACGAGGGCCUCGACAUCUGGGGCGGCGAGCAGUACGAGCUCAGCUUCAAGAUCUGGAUGUGCGGCGGCGAGAUGUACGACGCCCCCUGCUCCCGGAUAGGCCACAUCUACCGCGGACCCCGCCACCACCAGCCGAGUCCCAGGAAGGGCGACUACUUGCACAAGAACUACAAACGCGUGGCGGAGGUCUGGAUGGACGAGUACAAGCACUACUUGUACAGCCACGGCGACGGACUGUACGAGAGCGUGGACCCGGGAGACCUGACCGCCCAGAAGGCGAUCCGCACCAAGCUGAAGUGCAAGUCCUUCAAGUGGUUCAUGGAGGAGGUGGCCUUCGACCUGAUGAAGAGCUACCCGCCGGUGGACCCGCCCUCGUACGCGAUGGGCGGCAUCCAGAACGCGGGCAACACGAACCUCUGCCUGGACACGAUGGGCAGGAAGAAGCACAACAAGAUGGGCAUGUACGCGUGCGCCAGCGACCUGAAGUUGCCGCAGCGGACGCAGUUCUGGGAGCUCAGCUGGAAGCGGGACCUGCGGCUCCGGCGGAAGAAGGAGUGCCUCGACGUGCAGAUCUGGGAUGCGAACGCUCCCGUCUGGCUGUGGGACUGCCACGCAGGGGGCAACCAGUACUGGUUCUACGACUAUCGAAAUAAGCUGCUGAAGCACGGCACGGAGGGCAGGCGGUGCCUGGAGCUGCUGCCCUUCUCCCAGGAGGUGGUGGUCAACAAGUGCGACGAGGAGAACCGCUACCAGCGCUGGAACUUCGGCUCCUUCAAUCAGACGGCGCUCGACAACUACUCCGAGGACCUCGUCCUCAGCCUCUAGCCGCCGCACACCGAGAGUAUCACUUGCCAUGUACUUAGACCACUUCGCUGUAAAUAACUAGGCUAGAAUAUAUAGGUUGUAAGCUGUAGGCUGUUCGGCUACUUUACACUUUACAAUUUACAACUAACCCCGACUCAAGCGCACAUUUCCAUCGCCGCACCGUGGAAUAUCCGUGUAUCUUUACCAUAGUGCAUCUCAACGCAAUUCCGUUUGCUUGGGAGUUUUGUUUGGUUUUGAGCAAGACUCUAAAGACAUUAUGAAAGGAAAAUUCAUAGUGAACCCCAAAAUUGUCAUAAGACUACAUGACUUUGUACUCCAGAAAAAUAGUUUUCCAUUAAAUUUUAGCAGUUUUUAAAAUA